AUGACUGUUGCAUUCUCGAUGCUGAGGCUGCCCGAUACCCCCAUGGCACCGCGAGCGGGCGACAACCGCCUCGGAUAUUUUGCCACCGCCUACUCCGACCUGGGCUUCCACCCGAAGGAGAUACAGGCUUCCGCCCCGCCGAGCGCGACCGUGGAUGCCCGCCGCACGAUGAUAUGGCGGUACAACCCCGACCGAGACGAGGACAGGCAGAUCAAGAUUUAUAUCGACCCCACCGUGCCGAAAAGGUGGCGUGGGUACGUGAAGGAGGGCAUCGAGGCUUGGAACGAUGGGUUUGCCAUGUUCGGCGCCAACGGCACCGUCAAGGCCAUCGCGCCAGACGACAAGGAGUGGCCGCUGGAUUACGACCAGGGCGACGCGCGCUAUACCGUGGUCACCUGGGUCUUCGACACCAACCGUGUGGUCAGCAGGGGCCACGCGCGGGUGGACCCGAGGAGCGGGGAGAUCAUGAAGAGCGAGAUCAGCAUGUCCGUUGGCUGGCUGCACGCGUGGCUCUCCGACAUGGACCGCCUGGCGCCCCAGCUCGUCCAGCGCUCCAGCGCCGGCGUCGUCGAGGAGGAGCGCCCGCAGAUCAGCGCCGAGGGGGCCGCGUCCGCGGCGGAGGAGCUCGCGGGCAGGGCGCCCCACGCCAGGCGGCUGGCCGACGCGAGGGCGGCGCUGUUCGGCACAGCGCAAGGCACGGACAGCGGCAGCCUGCUGCACCUCGCGACUGGCAGCGACAGCAGGUUGGGCCUCUUCCACCUGGGGCAGCCGAUGACUGUGCGCCAGCAGGAGGGGGUGCUGGGCGCGGGCAUCCGGCAGGUCGUGAUGCACGAGACGGGGCACAUCCUGGGCCUGCGCCACAAUUUCAAGGGCAGCCUCGGGGUGAGCUACGAGUGCACGCAGGAUAAGGCCUGCAGCAGCAGGUACGGCCUGUCCUCCAGCGUGAUGGACUAUCUUCCCAUAAAUCUUCCAGACAACGACGACCCAGACAGCGUGGAUUUCUUCUCCCCUGUCAUCGGCGAGUACGACAAGCUUGCCAUCGCUUAUGGCUACAUGCCGGACCACGUGAAGACUCUCGCCGAGCGCACUGGGCAAAUUAGCCUCAGCCUGAACGGGCUCCUGAACAAGGCCGAGUCUUUCGAGGUGUGCCUCGACGCUGACUCCAGCAAGGGGGAGGAUCCAGAAUGCCGGCCCUACGACUUCACCUCGGACCCGAUCCGGUACUUCGAGGCCACUCUGAACAAGCACCGUAGGACGCACCAGCAGCUCCUGGAUACGGCGGUGGCGCCAGGGAAGCCCUACUUCCACUACGGCAACGCGGUGUCCACGUUGAUGAGCUUGACGCGCGACAUGGGCCUCAAGGCGGCCCGCUACAUCGGCGGCAGCAACCACUCCUACGUUCACCGCUCGGAUGUCGGGUUUCACGCGGGCGGCGCCCUGCACUUCCAGAGCGCGCACACGCAGCGGCGCGCUCUGAACGUGACGAUGCAGGUGCUGCAGCUCUCGAGCGCAGGGCUCGUGCCACCCGCGAGCAGCCGCAGGUUUCUGGUGGGCGGGGGGGACGACAACCUCAAGAGCUUCGACGUGGAGCACGCCGCCCGCAGCAUUCAGAAGGAGCUCAUGAGGACGCUGCUCUCGUCCGAGCGGCUCCAGCGCCUCUACGAUCACUCGGGCGACUGUGAGGGGUCGGGGUGCCCGCUGACCGUGGAGGAGCUGCUGACCGAGCUGGUGGACAAGUUCGGCGUCCCGCAGAGCGCGGCCUCGCCAGACUGGGACCUGGAGCUCCAGCUGGUCACGAGCCUCGGGGACGCCGCCAAGGACGCGGGGCUCACUGCAGAUGUGCAGUACGUGGUUUCGGAGAAGCUGAGCUUCAUCGGAUCCACUGUCCAGGCGCUUCUGGAGCGUGGCGACAGCCUGCGCAGAUGGGCGCCGAGCGGCUGGCAACAGUGCGCCGAGGAGGGCGGGGAGUGCGAGUGCGUCGGGCAGAUGCGGUUCGGCGCCUCCCCGAGCUGGUCCGAGAUGCGCCAGACGGGGGGGAAGGUGGCGUGCAGCGCCGAGGCCUUCGACGACCCUGCGCCGCACAAGACGAAGGCCUGCCAGUGCCUGAGCGAGGCGGUCGGGAAGGAGGAGCGCUUCCACGCUCACCUCCUCCGGCUGCGCCGGGCGCUGGACGAGAUCAAUGGCAAGUGACAAGAGCUGAGGUGCAACGCUGGGGGGGGAGAGGCUGAGAGGGGACUCAUCGACUCCCAAUCGCCCAUCGAUCGCCGAUAGGGGCCGAUCGCCCACCCCGCCUGGGAAUGUGCGGAUUUGCUAUCGGGGGCCCAUCGCCGAUCUAUCGGCGAUGCAUCGCUGGUUCCAGCUCGAUGCUUCUCUCCGCCGCCCCCCCUGCAGCGCCUCCAGAGCGAGGGCCACGGGAGCCGUCGGGAGCGCGCUCCCCCCCCCUUUUCCCGCGCCCGCGGCCUCGCGGACCCCGAGGGGCGCCGCCCCGUCCCCCGGCGGCCCACGGGCGCGGACCUCUGCGCACGCCCAGGGGCUGCUGCCCGUUCUGAUGAAACAGUGCCCGCGCUCGUGGCCGCUCUCGUGCGGCGGCCGCUGCUGGCGCAGCAUCUCUCGCGGGCGCGCGCUGGCGCACCGGGUCCUCCGUGCGCGAGCCCGCGGUGCCCGCGAGAGCGCGGGGGCAGCUUGCCGCCAGCUGGUCGUUGUUCUCCUG